AUUUGUUUUAAGAUUAAAUAAUUGUAAGAAACGAAAGAAAAAAUGAAAAAUAAAACUGAUAUUAGCGCUAAAAACGACGGCAAAUUGUUUCUAUUGCAGUAUAAUAAUGAAAAAUUAAAUUGGUGGAUUAUAUUUGCUACUGUUUUACUUUUAACCAUUGCUACGCGGUUCUACAAAGUAACUGAGCCAGAUCAUGUGUGUUGGGAUGAAACUCAUUUUGGGAAAAUGGGCAGUUGGUAUAUUAAUCGUACAUUUUUUUUUGAUGUUCACCCACCUUUGGGAAAAAUGUUAAUUGGCUUGUCGGGCUAUUUGACUGGUUAUAAUGGCACUUAUCCGUUCGAGAAACCAGGUGAUAAAUAUAAUGGAACUCACUACGAAGGCAUGCGAUAUUUCUGUACCACACUUGGUGCCUUAAUUAUGCCAAUGGCUUUUGACACUGUACACGAUUUAACGCAAUCAGUGGAAGCUGCUAUAAUCGCUGCAGGCUAUUUGAUUUUUGAUGUUGGUCUACUCACCCUAAAUCAGUAUAUACUACUGGAUCCCAUUUUACUAUUCUUCAUGACGGCAUCAGUAUGGGGAAUGGUUAAAGUAUCGAAGACAACCCAUAAUGGACUUUCAUAUACGUGGCAAUGGUGGUGGUGGCUCAUCUUCACAGGCACCAUGUUGUCAUGUACAAUAAGCGUUAAAUUUGUAGGUCUUUUUGUUGUUCUACUCGUAGGUAUACACACGGCCAAUGAACUCUGGCUAAUUCUUGGUGAUUUAGACAAACCCAUUUUGGAGACAGUCAAGCAAUUGGUUUGUCGAGCCGUGACACUUAUUGUGUGGCCCUUACUUUUGUAUAUGACUUUCUUCUAUAUACAUUUACAAGUGUUAAAUCGCAGUGGAAACGGAGAUGGUUUCUAUAGUUCUGCUUUUCAAUCGCGUCUCAUUGGAAACUCUCUAUAUAAUGCCAGUAUGCCGCGUGAUGUUGCUUAUGGAUCGAUAGUGACAAUUAAAAAUCAUAAGACUGGCGGAGGUUACUUGCAUUCUCAUUUUCAUUUGUAUCCAAAAGGAUAUGGAGCUAAACAGCAGCAGAUUACAACAUACACCCACAAAGAUGACAACAACAAAUGGCUAAUAAAACCCUACAACAAGGAGUCCUUCGACAACACUCAACUGCUAAAGCACGGUGAUCUAAUUCGUCUGGAACAUAUAGCAACUCAUCGAAAUCUUCAUUCACAUAAUGAACCAGCACCGGUAACAAAAAAACAUUUACAAGUUACUGGCUACGGAGAGCAAGGCAUUGGCGAUGCUAAUGACAUUUGGAAACUGAUAGUUGUUGGCGGUAAAAUCAACGAUACUGUCAAAACUGUUACAACAAAGUUCAAGUUGGUCCACUACUUACAAAGCUGCACUUUGACAUCGAGUGGAAAACAAUUGCCUAAAUGGGGUUUCGAGCAGCAAGAAGUUUCUUGCAAUCUUAAUGUUCGCGAUAAAAAUGCCAAUUGGAACAUAGAAGACAAUAAACAUCAGAACUUGUCCAGCGUAAGUUUCAGUGUUUAUGCACCCGGAUUUUUGGCCAGAUUUUUUGAAUCUCAUGCAGUCAUGUUUCAAGGCAAUGCCGGACUUAAGCCAAAAGAAGGCGAGGUCACAAGUCGUCCCUGGCAAUGGCCUAUAAAUUAUCGCGGGCAAUUUUUCUCUGGCAGUUCGUAUCGGAUAUAUCUAUUGGGGAAUCCAAUAAUUUGGUGGAGUAACCUAGUAUUUUUGAUAUUAUUUUUAAUAGUGUUUUUUGUAAAUGUCAUUAAACAAAGGAGGCAAGAUGGCAUUAGGCAUUUGAAAUUAUUGGACAAUACAAUUAUGAAUAAAGAUGGUGAAAGCGAAGCAAUUGCCAAUCAUGAUCCAGUGAAGAAAUCAAUGACGUUGAAAGCUGCAAUUUGGUUAUUCUUUGGUUGGGUUAUUCACUAUUUGCCAUUUUGGGCCAUGGGCCGCGUUUUGUAUUUUCAUCACUACUUUCCAGCUUUAAUCUUUAAUUCGAUGUUAUCAGGAGUUAUGUUUCACUAUUUAACUGGCCGCUUGCCAAGAUGGCUCCAACAUUCACUGCUUGGUGGUUUGACGUCAGUGCUGGUCUAUAGUUUCAUGUUGUUCUCGCCACUGGCAUACGGAAUGAAUGGACCUUUAGCUAAUGAACCCAACUCAACAAUGCACGGCCUAAAAUGGUUACCAACAUGGGAAUUUUAAUUAGCAUUCGUUUUUGUUUCAUGCUACUACAAAUACAAGCAAUUCUAUAAUUCAACAUUCAAACUACUGCUCACGAAAUCACAAACUUCCUAACCUACAACUGUAGAUAGAUAAACACAUUGAAAUAUAUACUCUAAAAUAAGUGGAAAAGGAUCCAGCAACUAGGAGAAUGGAAUGAAAGAACAAUGAACCAAAAUAUUUUAUAAAGAGUCGUCGUCACCCACAAUUACGCAACAAUUGAAAGUAAAAUUUAAAUACAGAUUUUUCGUAAAAUAUGUUUUUCUCUAAUUGUCUGUUUCCACUAAAUGUGUUGCAAUGUCCGCAUGGAAGAAAGUGUACAAUAAACAUUUAUUUACAAAAUAAUUUAGAAAAUAUAUUUUAAUUGUGAUUAUUUUUUUACAUGCUCGUAUUCAUAAAUUCAUACCAGAAUAUAUUGAAAUAAACGAUUAAAUUAUUCAUACUUA